CAUCGGCAACGGGAACCGGGGAAAGAAUAUGGCGGGGGACUCGCGCUUCAGGGAAGUGGAUGAUUGAUUACCCGCCCUCAUGCCGUUCUCUCCCGCGAACAAUUCCACGAACUAUCUUGUCUUGUUCAAUUCCUCUUCUUCUACUUCUUUUGUCUCGAUUCAAUUUUUCUUGACCGAACUGUCACCUCUCUGAGUCUGUGUUGUGGGGUUGUCCCAGUCGUGUCUGAUACCGAUCCCAAUCCCGAUCCCCGAACACAUCCGAGAAUACCUUCACCUUCUUCUCUACCGACUUCGGCUUUCUCAUCACAAUGGCUCAACUUCCCAAGGGCCUCGCUGGCGUUCUCGCCAAGGCUCCCACCGACACAGUCAUCCUCUCCGCGCUUCGCACUCCCGUGUGCCGUUCCUACAAGGGCAACCUCAAGGACGCCUACCCCGAGGAACUCCUUGCCAAUGUCCUGCGCGCCACCAUCGAAGCUCACCCCAACCUCGACCCGGCCGUGAUCCAGGAUGUCGCCGUUGGUGUCGUCCUCUCCGAGCUCGGCGGCUCCAAGGCCGCUCGCAUGGCCAUGAACCACGUCGGCUACCCCAACUCGACCACCCUCUACACCGUCAACCGCGCCUGCUCCUCCUCGCUCCAGGCCAUUGCCGCCGUCUCAGCCCAGAUCCGCGUCGGUGCCAUUGAUGCCGGCAUCGGCGCCGGUAUGGAGAGCAUGACACGCAACUACGGCUCUCGAGCAAUCCCCGUCGACCUGUGGCCCGAGUUGCGCGACUCCCCCAACCACCACACCCGCGACUGCAUCAUGCCCAUGGGCCUGACCUCGGAGAACGUUGCUCAGCGCUACGGCGUCUCUCGCACCGACCAGGACGCUCUGGCCGUCGAGUCGCACCGUCGAGCAGCCCAUGCCCGCGCCCAGGGCUUCUUCGACAAGGAGAUCGUCCCUGUUACCACUCGCUUCCAGGAGGUCGACAAGCAGGGCAACGCUGUGGGUGAGGCCCAGACCAUCACCGUCACCGCCGAUGACGGUAUCCGCGAAGGUGUUACUAUCGAUAAGCUCGCCAAGCUCAAGCCGGCCUUCAAGCCCGACGGCGCCUCUACUGCCGGUAACUCCAGCCAGGUUUCCGACGGCGCCGCGGCCGCGCUCAUCAUGCGCCGCAGCACGGCGACCGCACUGGGCCUCGGUGACCGCAUCAUUGGCAAGUUCGUCUCCGCCGUGACGGUUGGCUGUGACCCCGACGAGAUGGGUGUUGGCCCUGCCAUCGCCAUCCCCAAGCUGCUGAGCCAGCACGGCCUGACAAACGCCGACGUCAACCGCUGGGAGAUCAACGAGGCCUUUGCUAGCCAAGCCCUGUAUAGCAUCCGUGCUCUGGGUCUCGAGGAUGCGCUGGCUCAGGGCCGCGUGAACCCCGACGGUGGUGCCAUUGCCCUUGGCCACCCUCUCGGAGCCACUGGUGCCCGCAUGACCAGCACGCUGCUGCACGGUCUGGCCAGAGAUGGCGGCGAGGUUGGUGUUGUGAGCAUGUGCGUUGGUACCGGUAUGGGUAUGGCUGGUCUGUUCACCAGGGAAUAAAUGUCUGUCCUCAAUGUUAAAGAUUUAUGAAAAAGAAUGCUGUUGCGACAGCAAGCGGGUGGGCAAAAGUCUAUACAGAUAGCAAGAUGACCAAAACUUGGAUAUUUGAUCCUUGCUAGUGGGAUGCAGUUGGCUUUAAUCUAAGAAUAAAUGUCCAGAAGGGGCUACCCUGAGAUAAAUAUUUAAGAA